UGUUUCGUUCUACAAGCAUGCCAGAGGUCGUAACUGUAGCUGAAGAGAACAGAGAACAGCCAACGUCUAAGCCGUUGGUGGGAAUCAUCUAUCCUCCUCCAGAAGUUAGAAAUAUUGUUGACAAGACAGCUAACUUUGUUGCUCGUAAUGGCGUCGAGUUUGAAAUACGCAUCAAGCAGAAUGAGCAGGGAAAUCCAAAGUUCAAUUUUUUGAAUGCUGAGGACCCAUACCACGCAUACUAUCAACACAAGAUGAAAGAAUUCAAGGAAGGUAAAGGGCAAGAAACAACACCGGGUGUACAGAAGGUUGCAAAGCCAGUUCAGCAGCAGAAAGUGAUUGAAGAGAUCCCAGUGCCUACCGAGCCACCUUUAGAAUGGGAAUUCAGUGCAGAGCCUCCUUCAAUUUCAGCAUUUGACUUGGAUUUGGUGAAAUUAACUGCACAGUUUGUAGCUCGUAAUGGAAGACAGUUUCUUACAACGUUGAUGAGUAAAGAACAGUACAAUGCCCAGUUUGACUUUCUGCGACCACAGCAUCAUCUUUUUCAAUACUUCACAAAGCUUGUUGAGCAGUAUACCAAAAUUCUUAUUCCGGCAAAAGACUUGCUCGACAGAUUAAGGAAAGAAUCUCAGUCUCCAGGAGGGCUACUUGACCAUGUUAAUAAUCGUUACUACUGGGCUCGCCACCAAGAGAGACAAAAGAAGAAGCUAGAGGAAGAGGCAGAGAAGGAAAGAGUUGCGUUUGCUCAAGUUGAUUGGCAUGAUUUUGUGUUGGUGGAAACAGUUGACUUUCCUGAGUCUGACCCAGCUCUGAGUUAUCCUCCUCCUGUCACGUUGGAGCAACUGGGCAGUCGAAUUCUUGCACAGCAGAGAUAUGAUCAGCUGCAAGAAGAGCGUCGAGCUAUGGCAGAUGACACGGCUAUGGAUAUCGAUGAGGAUGAUGACGACGACAUGACAAUGGGAGAUACGUCUACAAGAGAGAGAAAGAAUGAUGCACCUCCCCUACCAUCGACUCCUGCUCCACCUGCUCAUCCUCCUUUACCUUCUAUGCCACCACCACCUGCACCACCUGGCACUCAACCAAAGGCACCAGGAGUACAAACAAACACACCUAUCAGAAAGGACUAUGAUCCAAAAGCUCCAAAGGUGCGUCCACAUGCUCCCAAAGGUCCCACAACAGAUGAGUACAUGGUUUCUCCAAUUACUGGUGAAAGAAUCAGAGCUGACAAGUUUGAAGAGCAUAUGAGAUAUGGUUUGUUGGAUCCACGCUGGAGAGAACAAAAGAAUAAGGAAAUUGAAGAGAAAAGGGAGCAGGAAGAAGUAUUUGCAGCUGGAACGUCUGUUAGCUCAAGUCUUAAGCAUCUUGCUGAAAGACGAACUGAUAUUUUUGGUCAGGAAGAGACAUAUAUCGGAAAGAAGGUAGGAGAGGAAGAAGAAAAGAAACAGAAUCAAGAAGCAUGGGAUGUACGGCCAAGUCCCGAUCACACUUCAACAGGAAUGGGUUCUUCAGUGGGACUAAUCCAGCUACCACCAAGACCACCAGCACCACCUACAUCGAUACCCUUUACACCUCCAAUGCCACCCCUUCAAAUGCAUCCUCCUCGUUUGUCAUUUCAACCUCCACUUCCUCCUCCACCUCCUGUUUCUGUACUUCAGCCACGAAUACCAAUUGGCAUGGGUAUUCCUCCACCACCACCUUCUAUAGAAGAGUCAGCUGCUAAAAGACCGAGGGUAGAACAGGGUGAAGGAAACUUCAUUCCCGAGCAGCAAUUUAUUUUAUCUCAUCCAGGUCCUGUCACUAUCAAGGUGCAAGUGGCUAAGGUUUCUGAUAAACCAGAAUGGAAUCUGAAUGGACAGAUUUUGUCACUUGCUUUUCCCAUCACAGAUCAGGUAUCUACUAUUAAAUCAAAGCUCAGUGAUAUGCUUGGAAUUCCUCCAGGAAAACAGAAACUGCAAAUGGCGAACAUUUUUAUAAAGGAUUCAAACUCCUUGGCAUAUUACAACAUGACAUCUCAAACCAUUGUUCAGCUGGGUCUCAAGGAACGUGGUGGAAGAAAGAAAUGACAGUAACCAGUUCGUGUAUACCUGCAGGCUGCUUUACUAAAUAGAUAACUUUGAUGAUG